AUGAGACUGAAGGAUCUUCAUCUCAAGCUCAAGGGAUUGAGGCAAAAAAGCUUUCUGAUAGGAGAUGGCGGGAGCAAGAAAAGAAAGCAGAAGAUUUCAAUGCCUCCAUGGAUUGCAUUAUUACAUGGAUAUCGUGUGGUCGAGGAUCAAUCAUUUAUAAGUGGUUCAGAUGAGGCUGAGCCUGAGGCUGACUCAGUUGUGGCACACAGAGAGAGAACUGAAGAGCUUGAGUUGUGGUUUUUUGGAGUUUCCAACGCUCAAGUUGGAGACAGAGUUACCGAGUACAUGCAAUCCCAUUUAUUUGACAGGAACCCCAAAGAGUCACAGAUAAGGAGAAAGAGCGAAGAGACAAUGAGAAAGGCAUACCUUGGUGCAAGAGCAGAGAUCAGAGAGACACACAAAGCAGAUGAGACAUGGAGAGCGGGUUCAGUAUCUGUGUUGGUCACUAACACGGGAGAGCUUGUGACGGCUUCCAUGGGAAACUAUAGAGCUGUUGUCUGCAGAGCUGCCGUGGCUCAUGAGAUAGGCAGCAGGGACCAGCAAUCGGCCAAAAGAUACUGGUCUCGCAGACUCAUUUCAGGCAAUAAGCAAUCCAAAGGACUUCUUGUUGGUGCUGAAAGAAUUGAUGCGCCUACUGAAUUUAUCAUCUUAGCAAGCACUGGCAUAUGGGAGGUUAUGAAUGACCAAGAGGCUGUGCGUCUCAUCCGGUACAUAGAUGAUCCACAAAAAGCUGCUGAGUACUUGGCAUACGAGGCUUUGAAUAGAAGGAGCAAAAGCAGGAUUUCUUGUUUGAUCAUUCGCUUUCACUAA